AUGGCGGAGACUGGAGAUGCUUUGGCUGUUGUUGUGGAAGUUCGUGGAGGGGAUGGAGUGUCCCAGUGCGGCAAAGUAGUAGCCGCGUCCAGCAGCGGACUGAUCGGAGAUUUUCGCUGCACGGACCGACGGAACGAGUGGAUGCCUCUCGAUCAAGCCUCCAUGUACUGGGAUCCUGUCAGUGCCUACUCUUAUUCUGGCCCAAUGGGCAGCCGAUUCUACAGCGAUCAAGGAAUCGCAGACCCCGUGGAGGUGCUGAUGCAGCGCAGUUCCAAUGAGCCGUGGAAAUGGCAUCCGGGCUCCGUCCUCGUUUACGACCGGCAGCACGGUCAGUUCGCCCGGGUCGCAAUCCACUUGCCCGGCAAGGACAUCAGAACCGUCGUUCCGCGCAACCGCAUUCGACGCCGUGCUCACAUGAUUUCCUUGGACUAUGGAUUGCUCCAUCUGAUGGAAUUGCGCGGCAUGGGAGGCUCCCAUGCCGCGGAAAAUCAUCUGUUUUAUAAUAAAUCCGUGCUCCGUCCUGUGGCGGCCGCGAAUGCCAGCACUACACCCACGAGCGGAAAGCAGCAGGAACCUGCGGACGGUUGCUUGGCCACGCAAAAAUGGUGGAAGGUGUUUUUGGCCUGCGGCGGCAGCUCCGCAUCACCAGCGCUGAUGGCUGCGCUGCCUGCGCCGGUUUUUGACGCUGGCCGCGCCUUCCGCGUCCUGCCGUUAGAAAUCCUAACGGAGACCUUGUAUUCGCUGCCAACCGUUGAUCAGUGCCGAGUGCGGGCGGUGUGCGUCGUCUGGAACCGCCUCCUCACAGCGGCCGCCGCCAGGAACCUACUGCACAUCCAGUUUCCAUCCAAAAGCGAUUGCUCAUCGUCCGCGGGCAGGGUUUACAUCGCUGUGGCCUGUGCGCAUCGUUGCUGGAGUACCCGAACUGUGGCCGUUGUGGGUUCGCCGGUCCAGGGUGGGUUCGAGGAGAAACUGCGACUGAAUUACUUGCCAUUGUGUGAUGGACGCUUCCUGCUUAUGCUAAUCCAAGGAGCCGUCGAGAGGUUCCCGGAGGACCUCGUGAUUAAGGAUAUUAACUGCAUGUAUGUUCUGGAAGAUAAUGCUGUGGAUUACAUCAUUACACUCCACCGCGUCUUUGACAAGCUGGCGGCGAUUUGCCACACGCUGACUGUGAAGAAUUUCACUUGCGAGAUCUUCGAUUCUACGGAAGAUGGCUGGGUGCGAAUCACUAUCCACAUGGACCACAUCCCGUUCGGACGAAUGCACAGCGAGCGGUGUCUUACGGUCGCGGACUGGUGGAACAUGAAUGAGGAAGGCUGUCCGCGGCUGGAUAAAGAGCAGGAGCUUGUGGUGUCCGGCUUUAUCAAAAAGAGGCAACAGCAUUCUGAGAGGUUUCGGGAAGUGUUGAGAACGAUCGUUCGUGCGCGGCAGACUAACGACCCCCGAAAGAAGGUCACGUAUUUGAAGCCGGCUCCAGCCGCAGGACAGCACCCGCUGGGUUUGGUCGAUGUGGACCGGCUGACACGGCUGACGCAGUAUCUCGUGUACUGUGCCGUUACCCACACGCCGUUCAAGAGCACCGUGACUUGGCCUGCCUAACUUCCUUCCAUCCCGUGGACCUUUCAUUGAAGGAACUUAAGGAGACGGGCGAACUUUUGUUGGACUAACCAGCGCUAACUUUGUUGUUUCUGUAAUGCAUUCUUCUCAUGCUAAUUUUGCAAACUCUUCUCAAAUGCUAACUGCGCCCGCCUAAAAGUCUAUAAUCAAGGUAACAUAGAAUUGAAAAGAAAUUUGUUGGACUUGCAUCCAUAAA